CUCUGUAGCUGAGGUUUUACAGAGUCAACCUUUGCUAUCGAAUGGAUUAUUUUUCUAAAUACAACAUAAAGAAUCCAGGUUUUGAAAAUAUCAGAUUCAAGAAUUGCUCCGCUGCACCAACAACACUGUUGGUCAGCAAUUCUCAAGAGACUAAUUCUUGAAUCCUGGAGCAAAUCAGUAUUUAAUUCCUCUCAUUCUCCACUGGGGGCUUCUUCAUUUUUACUGGGCUUGAUCUCUGGUUAGCUCUCUUGUCUUUUAUUCCCCAUAAUUUUACACCUGUUAGUGAAACCCAGUAACGUAAUCACCCAAUAACUAUGGUUGAAAAUCCAUGGAUUCUGGUUAUUCUAAUUAGGCAGUGCCGUUAAGUCACUUAUUUUUUAGUCGUGGAUUGAGACAAGCCUAGAUGACUGUAGAUGAAGCUAGCAACAGCUCCGAGUGGAGUAGAGAGCAAGAUAAGGCAUUUGAGAAUGCCCUUGCAACAUAUCCUGAGGACACCUCAGAUCGGUGGGAGAAAAUCGCGGCUGAUGUGCCUGGUAAAACUUUGGAAGAGAUUAAACAACACUAUGAGCUUUUAGAGGAUGAUGUUAACCGGAUUGAGUCUGGUUGUGUGCCUUUACCUGCAUAUAGUUCUUCUGAGGGUUCAACAUGCCAUGCUGGUGAUGAAGUAACUAGCAAGAAAGGAAGCGACCAUUUAGGGCAUUUUAAUAGUGAGUCAGAUCAUGGGAGUAAGAAUUCAAGGUCAGACCAGGAACGUCGUAAGGGGAUUGCUUGGACAGAGGAUGAGCACAGGUUAUUUCUUCUUGGUUUGGAAAAAUAUGGGAAAGGUGACUGGCGAAGCAUAUCCCGGAACUUUGUGGUCACAAGAACGCCAACACAAGUUGCAAGUCACGCGCAAAAAUAUUUCAUUCGCUUAAACUCCAUUAACAAAGAUAGGAGGCGAUCUAGCAUCCAUGAUAUUACUAGCGUGGGCAAUGGAGAGAUUCUAGCAACCCAAGGACCAAUCACUGGUGAACCGAAUGGUGCAGCAACUGGAGGUUCCUCCGCAAAAUCAGCCAAACAACCCUCUCAGCUUCCUGCUGCACCACCAGGUGUUGGCAUGUAUUCUUCUCCAACUAUAGGGCAGCCAAUAGGAGGGCCCCUUGUCUCAACAGUUGGCACGCCAGUUAAUCUUCCUGCCCCGCCACAUCUAGCUUAUGGAGCAGUGGUUCCUAGUGCACCGAUGAACAUGGGUCCUGUCAAAUACUCAAUGCCUCAUAAAUCUGAUCAUAGGUAAUGUGGUGUUUAGCCGCUAAAUGUACAAAGGAUAGCAGGCAUGCUUGCUUGUGCCGCCAUGGGGUUUCUGGGUAUUCCAUUUUAGCCGGAAUAAGAUUUUAUUAUUUGCAAGCACAGGUUGCGUCUGUCAUUUGGUUUAAUCUAAAUAAGCCAUAGGGAGAGAACUUCGAUGUACCUGUAUAGGCAACUGUGGAGAGAGAAAAUGUUAAAUAUGGCAGAUUUAUGAAUUGCUCAUCAUUUUCGCAAGAAAAUGCUAAAUAUUAUUUGAACCA